CUCUCUCAGAUAAUGCUCGGUGCUCAACUUUGCGUCCGUACAGUCUCCACUUCUUGGAUUUUCUCAAAUCAAUCAAAUGCUGCCUACCCAACCGCUUCUUCUUCUUCUUCUUCUUCUUCUUCUUCUUCGCUCCGUUCCUCGUCCUUUCAGUCCUUUAUACGUUUACAUUUUCGGACGAAACGCCGUCCUUCUCCUAAACCCAUCCUCAUUUCUUGCCACUCCGCCCGUGGUAGCUCUGGUCCCCAAUCUAGCUACGACGACAAUCCAGAUCACCAGUUUCUGGAAGCUUCUCUUCUCGACUCAGAGACUAUUUUGCACUACCGGAUGUUGAGGCAAGGAUUUCAAGAAGAUAUCAAAUGGCAGUCAUCUAGGAGACAGCUUCCAAUGUCAAGGGCUAAAAUUUCUUCAAUUGGACAAGCCUUUCUUAGUCGCUUUCCCAGUCCAACUAUUUUUCUUAAGAUUCAUUGUGAUGGUGACUUCUUGCUACCCAUUAUUGUAGGGGAGUUUGCUGUUGAAAAACUUAUAGCUUCCUUUUGGGGAGAUGAUAAUGGGGAUAUUCCAGAUCAGUUCCAUCUUGUUAAAAAUGUUGUGGAGAAGCUUGGAUAUGAAGUUAAAAUGGUGAGAAUCACAGAAAGAGUCGUCAAUAAUUACUUUGCAAAAUUGUUUUUUAGCAAGCCAGGGGAAAAUGAUGCCAUAAGUGUGGAUGCACAACCCUCAGAUGCCAUAAAUGUGGCAAACAGAUGCAAGGCUCCAAUAUAUGUAAAUAAACAAAUUGUCUUGACAGAUGCUAUUAGGAUUGGCUAUGAGAUGGGCAGGGUGCGUGAUACAAAGUCUACUUAUGAUGUAUUGCUUGACAGUGCUGCAGAUGGUCGAGAUUUACUAACAGAGGAGCUGGAUCUGGUGAGGAAUAUGAAUUUAGCGGUCAAAGAAGAAAGGUACAAUGAUGCAGCAAUGUUAAGAGACAAACUAAUGAAGCUACGCAACUUAAAUCAUGGCCAGUAACCUACUUUGAAUAUAUCAACGUUUGUAUAUCCAUUGGUUGGCCUGCUUGUGAGUUAAUUCUUUUUGGAUUUUACUAUUGCAAGUGGAAGGAUAUAGAUUCUGGUUUUGGAGUGUCACUGGCUGCUCAGAUUGUUGUAGUUUGUAGAGCUUCAGGAAGGUGCUAUGCUAAAUUUCUCACCAGAAAUGAGCCUUUGAACCGAUUAACCCCAUUAACCUAGAAUUUCAGUGUUUAAGUUAAGCCUAAGGGAAAUUCCUGGAAUGAAUGCAUAAUCAUGUUUUACAAAAGGUGGUAUGUACAUAGACAAUACAACUUAGAAAUUGGCCAUAUGGUUAAGUCCUCGGCCCCUUGGCCUAGUGGCUAAGUAGGCCUUAGAGAAAACAGAGUCGAGCCAAGACCUCUACCUGCAGACCAAAAAAAAAUGCUAGUUGAUUUUGUUUGUAUUUCUGAUUAUGUGAUGUAUACUAGAAGGCCAUAUUAUGUUUUUCAUCGAAUGUAAAUAUCUACUUGUUGCAUAAAUAUCCUAUGGCAAACUACACUUUACCAUCUUGUUGUCUACUUGGCUACCUAGCUUCCAGAAAAUGGUAAAAGUAUACUGUGGGUUUUGCAAUGCAAUGUGUUCUUUUGCUGAUAGUUCUGCUAUUAAAACUUUCUUCCCCUUAUGAACAAAUCUCUGCUGUCGUUAGCAUUUUCCCAUUGGAAUUUCUUUUGAAUAAUUUAAAAUAAAAUAGGGAAAAGAAGCCAAAAUGAUUUACGGUAUAAAAUAACUUAACUUGGCAUAAAAGCAACAAGGGAACAAAGGGGGAGGGGGACAAAACUAUGAUAUGAAGAUAUUGCACCGGACAAUUGUAAUUCCUCCAAAAGAUAUUUGUUGGUCAUUGUUUCCAAUGCUUUGAAAUUAGAGAUUACAAUAUAAGCAUGUAAUAAUAUUGAUCGUUGGUGACACGUACAAGUCACCAUAUAUAAUCAGGCAGACCAUUUUCUCAUUCUCAAGGAGAUAUGAACAAUUACAGAUCCGUAAAUGGCUAUUGAGCUGCAUCAAACGAAAGCUGCAGUCAGAGUAUUGUAGCAUUCUUUAAACUGAAUA